CUCCAGUGUCGCUGCGGCGCUGGUUGAGUGAGGUUGUGUUGCUGCGCGUCUCCGCCAUCAUCAUGAUUCGUUUACACAGUCUUCUCUUCGUGUUACUAUCAAUUUCACUGCAAUGCUCAGGAGUGCUGGGGUCUGCGGUGGUGGGCUGCUACGUGGGCUCGUGGGCGGUCUACCGGCCCUCUGAGGGCCGCUUCACCGUCGAGGACGUAGACCCCAGCCUCUGCACCCACGUCAUCUACGCCUUCGCCGGUCUGAACGAGACCACCAACACCAUCGUCUCGCUAGACCCUGCCUACGACAUCGUCAACGGCGCGUUCGCGCGGGCGGUGGCGCUGAAGCAGCGCAACCCGGCCCUGAAGGUGACCAUCGCGGUGGGGGGCUGGACGGAGGGGUCCACCAAGUACUCUGUUAUGGCCGCCGCCCCCCACACACGCAAGACCUUCAUCGACUCCGUCAUCGCCUUCAUCAGGCAGCACGGGUUCGACGGGCUGGACCUGGACUGGGAGUACCCCGCCAACAGGGGCGGCAAGCCCGAGGACAAGGCUAACUUUGUGCAGCUCUGCAAGGAGCUACGGACGGUGUUCAACCACUUCGGGUGGCUGCUGACGGCGGCGGUGGGGGCGGGCAAAAGCACCGUGGACACCGCGUACGACCUGCCGGCGCUGGCUAAGGAGCUGGACCUGCUGCACCUCAUGGCCUACGACUACCACGGCAAGUGGGAUGGCCUCACGGGGCACAACGCGCCUCUCUACGCCAGGGACGACGAGGCCGAGCCUCAGCGUGUCCUCAACGUCGAGUACAGCGUGGACUACUACCUGAAGGGGGGCGUGCCGCCCUCCAAGCUGGUCCUCGGCCUCGGCCUCUACGGCAGGACCUUCCUGCUCAAGGACGCCAGUAACCCCGCCAUCGCGGCCCCAGCGCUGGGCUCGGCCUUCGCUGGCCCCUACACGCGCGAGGACGGCUUCCUGGGCUACAACGAGGUGUGCGAGAAGCAGGUGGCGGGGGCGGGCGAGUGGCGGGUGGUGUGGCAGAAGGCCCACCAGGCCCCCUACAUGUUCCGGGACAACAUGUGGGUCUCCUACGACGACGACAACUCCCUGGGCCUCAAGGUGGCGUUCGCACAGUCCCGGCAGCUGGCCGGGGUGAUGGUCUGGUCCAUAGACACCGACGACUUCAGGGGGCGGUGUCCCGUGCACCCGACGCCAAGCCUGCCUGACCACGACGUCGAGUACGACAACACGCUCGACGAUACACGGUACCCCCUCCUGACCGCCAUCAACAAGGCCCUGGGCCGCAAGGUGGUCCCGUCGGCCCCAGGCCCCGGGGAGGUCAUCCCCAUCACCCCAGGCGUCACCCCGCCCGUACGCCCCACUCCCCCCGUGCGGCCCACC